AUAAAUUGGCGGGAAUCGGUGGAAACAUUGGCGGAAAUCGGUGGAUAAAUUGGCGGAAAUCGGAGGAAAAAUUGUCGGGAAUCGGUGGAAAAAUUGGCGGGAAUCGGUGGAAACAUUGGCAGAAAUCGGAGGAAAAAUUGUCGGGAAUCGGUGGAAACAUUGGCAGAAAUCGGUGGAAAAAUUGGCGGAAAUCGGAGGAAAAAUUGUCGGGAAUCGGUGGAAAAAUUGGCGGGAAUCGGUGGAAACAUUGGCAGAAAUCGGUGGAAAAAUUAGCGGAAAUCGGAGGAAAAAUUGUCGGGAAUCGGUGGAAACAUUGGCAGAAAUCGGUGGAAAAAUUGGCGGAAAUCGGAGAAAAAAUUGUCGGGAAUCGGUGGAAAAAUUGGCGGGAAUCGGUGGAAACAUUGGCAGAAAUCGGUGGAAAAAUUGUCGGGAAUCGGUGGAAAAAUUGGCGGGAAUCGGUGGAAAAAUUGGCGGGAAUCGGUGGAAACAUUGGCGGGAAUCGGUGGAAACAUUGGCAGAAAUCGGUGGAAACAUUGGCAGAAAUCGGUGGAAAAAUUGGCGGAAAUCGGAGGAAAAAUUGUCGGGAAUUGGUAGAAAAAUUGGCGGGAAUCGGUGGAAAAAUUGGCGGGAAUCGGCCUUAUCUGCAAGAUGAAUUUUGA